AUGGUGAGGGGGUCAUUUGUAGGUAAUAUCGCAAAGGAUUUAGGCAAAGAUAACCAGCGACUAAAAACGGGGGGCGCUCGUAUUUAUACCGAUGAUGAAACCGAAUAUUUUGAUCUAAAUGUAAAUAAAGGGAUUUUAGUUGUGAAAGAGAGGAUUGACAGAGAGCAGAUGUGUCGAUCAAUCCCUGUGUGUUCAUUGCAUUUUCAGAUAGUACUCGAAAAUCCGAUGGAAUUACAUCGUGUAACUGUAGAUAUUGUUGAUAUUAACGAUAACAGGCCCACGUUUCAAAAAGACAAUAUUCGGUUAGAAAUUAGCGAGUCCUCUCUUCCUGGAGCUUUGUUUUCUCUGCCGAGUGCUAUAGACAACGACGUGGGUGUGAACACAUUGAAAUCAUAUACCCUCACACCUAAUGACCAUUUUAAAUUAAAAACAAGUACACAAUCUGACGGAAACAGUUACGUGAGUUUAUUGCUAGACACGCAGCUGGAUAGAGAAACACAGGAGGAGCAUAUUCUCCUUUUGACCGCUGUUGAUGGAGGGGAUCCUCCGCUGUCUGGAAUACUUGAAAUUCGUAUUAUUGUUCUCGAUGUUAAUGAUAAUGCUCCUGUUUUUACGCAGGAGGUUUAUAAAACGUCUGUUCCGGAGAAUACUUCAAUUGGAUCCGUGCUUACCAGAGUAAACGCCACUGAUGCAGACAAAGAUAUGAAUGGACAAAUUAAUUUUUUUUUUAAUCAUAUCUCUGACAAUGCUCAAGAUAUAUUUGAACUGAAUGCAGACUCUGGUGAAAUAAAGCUCCAGGGGCAACUCGAUUAUGAAAACAAUAAAAUGUAUGAAAUGAACAUCCAAGCUAAAGACAUUGGUGGUCUUUUAGGUUCCGGUAAAGUAAUAGUAGAAGUAAUGGAUGUAAAUGAUAAUGUGCCGUUUAUAAAUCUUAUAUCAGUUUCUAGUAAAAUCUCAGAAGAUUCAUUACCUGGGACUGUGGUAGCAAUGAUAAAUGUAAAAGAUAAAGACUCCGGAAGAAAUGGUAAAGUCAAUUGUUUUAUUGAUAAUAACAUUCCAUUUAAACUGAAAUCCGCUUUAAAUAACUUUUAUAGCUUGGAAUCGGACGGAUUUCUGGAUCGUGAAAAAACACCCAAAUACAACAUUAGUAUUAUGGCUACAGAUGAAGGCGAACCUCCGCUGUCAGCUGCUCGUACAAUUACACUUGAGAUAAGCGAUGUCAAUGACAAUCCUCCACAAUUUGAACAGCAACAUUACUCCGCUAACAUAAAUGAAAAUAAUACCCCAGGAUCAUCUUUUUUGUCAGUUCGUGCCAAAGAUGACGACUCGGGUCUAAACAGUAGGAUCUCCUACUAUAUUCAAGAAACCCGUCUUCACAACAUCUCUGUGUUGUCGUUCGUGUCUGUUAAUUCAGAUAAAGGUGUCCUUUACGCUGUUCGUUCAUUCGAUUAUGAGCAGAUGCGCCAUUUUCAAGUCUCUGUGAUAGCUAAAGAUGGGGGAUCUCCGGCUCUCAGCUCAGUUGUAGUCGUGGAUGUGUAUAUUCAAGAUCAAAAUGACAAUCAUCCAGAGAUUUUAUACCCAAUUCAAAAUAAAGGAUCCCCAGUCGCAGAAUUCAUACCUCGUUCUGCAGAUAUUGGCUAUCUCGUUACCAAAGUUGUUGCUGUUGACAAAGAUUCUGGAAAUAAUGCUUGGCUUUCUUAUAAAAUUACCAAAGCCACUGACCAGACACUUUUUGAAAUUGGCUUAAAUAAUGGAGAACUGAGAACACUUCGGCAGAUUACGGAAAAAGACCCUACAAAGCAAAGGCUAACGAUUUCUGUUGAGGACAGCGGGCAGCCUCCUCAUGCGGCAACUGUGAAUGUAAAUGUUGCCAUAACUGAUAACUUUGCGCUAGCUAUUUCAGAGUUCAAUGACUUAGCACAGGAGAAGAUAGAUGGUGAUCUCACAUUAUACUUAAUUCUUUCGUUGGUGAUUAUCUCAUUUCUUUUUGUUAUUUUCAUCAUAGUCCUGAUAUGUUUAAAAUUUCACAAAUGCAGGCGCUCUAAAUUUUUCAACGAAUGCGCCAACGGAACUCUCCCUGUUAUUCCUUAUUACCCUCCGCGCUAUGCAGACGUUGGAGCCACGGAAACUCUGUGUCACGUUUACAACUACGAAGUCUGCCUCACGACAGAUUCUGGAAACAGUGAAUUCAAAUAUGUAAAACCAGUGGUUCAAAGUGCUGUGGAUAAUCCUGUUGAAACGGAAAAGAAGUGUUGCGAUCCCAAAAUUGAUUUGUCCGCAGAGGAGGAGCUCGUUCAGGUAAGACUGAUUACAGUGAAUAUUACUCACGGUCAGAACUACACAUCUUUUAAUAACACCUGUGAUGGAAUUCAACCUGUCUAG